AUGUUCGCCGUGAUGCAAAUUGACGAGGACCACACACGGGAUUUCAGACGCAAACUGCGCCCAAAAUGCGAGUUCGUGUGCAAGUACUGCCAACGUCGAUUCACGAAGUCUUACAACCUGAUGAUCCACGAACGCACCCAUAAGUCGCCAGAGCUGUCGUUCAGCUGUGAAGUGUGCGGGAAGAGUUUUAAGAGACAGGACAAUCUCCGCCAGCACAGAUGUACGGUCUCUCAUACACAAAUAGAAGAAAUGCAUUACAACCCUAACAAGGAGACCAUGUACUUACGAUGGUGA